AUGUCUAUCAAACGGGCCCUUUCCAAGGCCAUCAAAGGGCACAUAGGUGACGAUGACUCGUCCGGCACCAAUAUUCGAUCAACCCUCUCCCCCAGAGCGCGCACCUCCAUGUCACGCGAUUCCAAGGAGCAUUCUCCCACUCGCUCCCCACGCCGCAGCAUUUUGGGAAGCUUCCUUCGUGACAAGGACUACGCUUCUUCCUCCGAGGAUGUCUCCGAUGAUUCUUCGAGUGGCGCCAUGAGCAAGAACCAGCAGAAGCGGUUGGUCCGCCAGCAGCGUCGGAGUGAACGAAGCCGUCUCAGUGAAGAAGCUUUCUCCGAGCCCGACCAUCGCCGCAAAUCAGAGGAGAUUGCCAAGGCUGCGGCUGAGGAGACGGCCGAGAUGAAAGCUCGCUAUGGUGAGCUGCCUCUGAUGCAGUCGCAGGAUCGACCGCGCGAGGACCGGACGCGGCUCGAGGAUAUCACCGCCGACAUGGUGGGAAAGCAGAUUUACUUUACUGCGCGGUUGCACGUGGUGCGUCGAAUGAGUGCCAAGCUCGUCUUCCUGGUGUUCCGCCAGCAACUCUCCACCUUCCAGGGUGUGCUGCACGAGCGCCAUGGGGUUUCGUCCAUUGCUAUGAUCCAGUGGGCAGAGCAUCUGCGUGUCGGAUCUUUCCUUCGUGUGCGCGGCACCAUUCAGAAACCCGACGUGCCCGUGCUGGGCUGCAGUAUUCACGAUGUCGAGCUGGCUAUCGACUCCGUGCACCUGCUCGUCCGCCGUGAGGAACCCGUUCCUUUCAGCGUCUACGAGGCCGAAAUCCGCACCAAUGAGGAGGAUAAGGUCGAGGGACGCCGCAGUCACAUCCCCGAUCGGACGCGUCUGUCCAACCGGCUGCUCGACUUGCGCACGGCAACCUCGCAAUCCAUCUUCCGCCUUCAGUCGGCCACCUGCAACCUCUUCCGUAGCGCUCUCGACGAGCGUGAAUUCAUCGAAAUCCACACCCCCAAGCUGCAGGGUGCUGCCACCGAGUCUGGAUCCAGCGUCUUCCAGGUCAAUUACUUCGGCCGGCCCGCAUUCCUCGCGCAAUCGCCCCAGUUGGCUAAGCAGAUGGCCAUUGCCGCUGACUUUGGUCGCGUCUACGAGAUUGGUGCCGUCUUCCGUGCCGAGAACUCCAACACUCAUCGCCACUUGACCGAGUACACUGGUCUGGAUAUCGAAAUGGCCAUUGAAGAGCACUACCACGAGAUGCUCGAGACUCUUGAUGCCGUCAUCAAGAAUAUCCUGACCGGUGUCUACUCCAAGUAUCGCAAGGAGAUCGAUAUGGUUAAGCAUCAAUUCCCGUCCGAGGAUGUCGUCUGGUUGGAGGAGACUCCGAUCAUUCGCUUCUCCGACGGUAUUCAAAUGCUCAAUGACUCGGGCUGGAGGAACGAGGCCGGUGAGCCACUGCCGUUGGAUGAGGACCUCUCGACGCGCGAUGAGAUCCACCUUGGCCAGCUGGUCAAGGAGAAGUACGGCACUGACUACUACGUGCUGGACAAGUUCCCCCGUGGCGCUCGUCCCUUCUAUACCAUGCCUGACCCGGAAGAUGACAAAUACACCAAUUCCUUUGACAUGUUCAUCCGUGGCCAGGAGAUUGUAUCUGGUGGUCAGCGUAUUCAUGAACCUCACAUGCUUGAAGAGAACAUGCGCAAGUCCAAGAUCAACCCCGACGACAUGGAGGAGUACCUUGAAGCUUUCCGCUGGGGUGCUCCGCCUCAUGCAGGUGCGGGUGUCGGUCUGGAGCGUCUGCUGAUGCUGCUUCUUCAGGUGGGUAACAUCCGCCUCACCUCGCUCUUCUAUCGUGACCCGAAGAGUCUGCCGGCCAAGCCUCCCGUGCAGCAGCUCCGUCACCCAGAGGCAUCGACGACGGAUCCAAUCUGGCGGCACGAGCAUCACAGGCGCGUGGCCGAGGAUGUCAGCGAGUUGCAGCCGUUGGAGAAGCUGAUUGCCAACUAUGGUGAUGCUACCUCCACAUCCUGGUUCGAUGAACGGUAUAAGAUCUGGCGUGAUAUGGCAACCGGUGCCGCAGUUGCCUACGUGCCAAGCUCCCACAACUACGCCAUCAUCCCUGGUAACCCGGUGUGCGAUCCAUCUCAAUACACGCGCACUAUCACCCAGUUCUUGCAGUGGCUGCGCCGUGAAACCAAGUACAAGCCGGUCUGGCUUCUCUGCUCCCCCGAGGUUGAGACCAUCCUUGGAGAACGCUUGGGAUGGCGCAGCUUGUCCUGUAUUGCCGAGGAACGCGUCGACCCGUCGCGCAACCAGGCCGCGUCGGAUGGAGAAAUCGCCCGCAAGUUGCGUCGUGCUGAGACCGAGGGCAUCAAGAUUCAAUCGUUUGACCUCGGCGAGCUGCCUCCGGAUGAUAUUCGCAAGAAGAUCGAUGAGCGUAUCGCCGAAUGGCUGGCAAAUCGCAAGGGCACACAAGUGCACCUGUCGGAGAUCCGCCCGUGGUGUGACUCCGAGCACCGCUGGUACUUCUACGCCCAAGACAGAAACGGCACCAUCUGUGCCUUUGUUGCUCUUGCUAUGCUUUCGCCUGCUCAUGGCAUGCAGGUCAAGUACAGCUUGGACUUCCCAGGCUCGCCCAACGGUGUAAUUGAGUCCAUUGUCACUCAGGCCAUCCAGACUGCCGCCAAAGACGGCGUCAAGGGUCUCACCUUCGGUGCUGGUGCCACUACCCAGCUCAUCCCUGGUCACAACAUGCACGGUGCUAAGAUCAAGAUGCUGGAGCACACCUACGAGGCAUUGGCCAAGCAGUUCCACCUGGUGCGAAAGAGCGAGUUCCGUGCCAAGCUCGGUGCUAUCGAGGAGCCUCUGUAUAUCUCUUAUCCAUCGCACGGCCUGGGAUCUAAGGGCAUCCGUGCUGUGCUGAAUUUCUUCGAAGAUUAA